AUGUCAUUGAACUUGAAAGGCAAGAAGUUUUUAGUGACAGGAGCUGGACGAGGUAUCGGGCGAGAGCUUGUUAAAGCUUUAAACAAAGAGGAAUGCAUUGUGUACGCGCUUAACAGGUCUAAGGAGCCCUUGGAUACUCUUGUGCAAGAAUUACCUGCCGUAGUUCCCUUACACGUGGAUCUUGAAGACUGGGAGGCAACCAGGGCUUUGCUGGAGAGUAUUGAGGUACUGGAUGGAGUUGUGAACAACGCGGGGCUCGCUGACCUACCAUCAACGUCUGUGCUGGAAUGCAGUAAGAAGUUUAUGAAUAAGGUUGUGGACUGUCAAGUGUUCGGGGCGAUAAACACUAUGCAGGUCGUUGCAAAAAAAGAUGAUAGAGGCAGGUCGGCCAGGGUCGUUCGUGAACACUAUGUCAAGAGGCUUAUAGAAGAAGGGUCUCCUUUGGACAUAGUGUUCACGUCGCGGACACCGUGCGGUCGUGUACCGGAGGUAUCGGAAGUGGUUGUUCCAAUCAUGUACCUGUUGAGCGACAUGUCAUCGAUGGUUUCGGGAACCAAUCAAGUCGUGGACGGUGGGAUGCUCUCCAGCUUCAUUACCCAACUCUGA